UUAAAAAAGGAGGAAAAAAAAAAGAAAAAGAAGAAGAAGAAGAACCUAAUUUGCCUGUUUGGACCUUUGUUUCAACGUUAUUUAAAACCACCGGAAAAACCGCAGGGGCUCUCACCAGAACUUUUGUGUUUGGCUGCCAAGAAAAUUCCUAAUUUGGCUUUGAAAAGAAGAACGAACGUUAAUCAUGGGCUGUGCUGGAUCGUCACAAGCCAAAGGAGAUGGGACUGUAAAGAAGAUUCGGAAGCCUAAACCUUGGAAGCAUCCUCAGCCAAUUACGAAGACUCAGCUCAUGCAGUUGCGCGAAGAGUUUUGGGACACCGCUCCUCAUUAUGGUGGUACGAAAGAGAUUUGGGAUGCACUACGAGCUGCUGCUGAAGCUGAUCUAUCCCUUGCUCAAGCAAUUGUGGACAGCGCUGGGGUCAUUGUUCAAAGUGCUGACUUGACAAUUUGUUAUGACGAAAGAGGCGCAAAAUAUGAGCUACCGAAGUAUGUUUUGAGUGAGCCAACCAACCUAAUUCAGGACAGUUAAAUAUGGAGAGAGCAUACUAAAAUUUGUGCACAAGAUUGACUGUAAAUCAUGUAUAUUAUUCUCUCAUUCUCUUUCAUAUCUUUAAUAGAGCUGGUCGUAUUUUAUGCCUUCUUUUGCAUCCAAGUGUACUCAACUUGCUUAAAUUUAAUUGUACUCAACUAGCUUUUUUGUUUUGCA